AUUAAAGCCAGACUUAAUGUUAAAAGAUACAUUUCGGAAGGCGGUGGAAUGCAGUGACAAACUUAAUGGGCUGACUAGAAGACGGAAAUUUGUUUGAAUUCGGGACGAUGUUAAAAUGAGUGAAACUAACAAAUCGUUUUUCUUUGCUGUGGAUACGAAGUAUGGUUGGGGAAAUAUUUCGUAUUUCACGUUCUUUUCCGAAUUCGACCGAUCUUGGCCGAGCGGCGCAUACGUGGAAGCUGUGAUUAUAACAGUCCUUUUCGUCUUGUCAUUGAUCGGAAACUUAGUUAUAUUAGUAUUUAUGUGCAAAUCAGUGUCAGUUUCGAUUACAAACUAUUUUGUGUGUAAUUUAGCUAUAGCUGAUAUUGCGUUUAUGGUGUCAUCACCAUUUGUUGCCUACGUCAGAAUAACGGGCACCUGGCGACUCGGGCACGUUAUGUGCCAUUUUCUGAACUAUUGGAUGUUUGUUUGUGGAAUUGUGAUGAUUUGGACCAUGACUGCCAUCAGUAUCGACAGAUACGCAUGCAUCAAUCUUAAAAUGCCAACAAGAAAACGUCUAAACCCUUGGCACGUAGGACUUAUAUGCCUCUGUAUUUGGGUUGUGACGUCAUGUUUAUUCCUGCCACUUGGAUUAUUUUUCAAUAUUAAUGAUAUAAGACUUGAGACUGAAACUAUUAACAUUUGCUCAUUGGUAUGGCCAAAACACAAGUUCAGGUAUUCAGUGUUAUUUACGGUCGUAGUAUUUAUCAUUGGGUUUUUUCUACCUAUAUCAAUCAUCACAGUGAAUUAUUUCCGAAUAUUUCGGAAAUUCUGGGCGUCCAAACGAGCCGUUGCAAACAGCACCAAUGACGCAUUACAUCAUAGACGCUCAGAUGCUCGCAGGAAACAGGAUUUCAGGAUCAUCAAGACGCUUGUUCUUCUUGUUUUAGUAUUUAUCUUAAUGUGGCUACCACUGUUCAUAGUGUUUAUCCUCAUAGAAAGGGACAGUUUAUACCUUUACAACAACAUCUCGUCAUCAGCGUUACUAUGGACGGUUGUUUUUGCAUAUGCAAAUUCUCUUGUUAAUCCGUUCAUGUACGGAUUCGUUAAUGUUGACAUACGUCGAACAAUUCGUACUUGCUGUGGACGGUACCGGACAGUGAAUGAUGAAUCGCCCGUGCACACACGAACGCGAUCAUUCAAGCAAGAACCUGACCACGGGACUUCCCUAAACACGAACAACUCGACUCACAUGUGAUCCUGUCUAUCACAAAAUACUUGUAAUUCCAUCUUAAUAUGUCCACAAGUAGAUAAAAAAUAUAUGUAAUAGCUCAACUGGAUGUUUUAGACCUAAACUAUCUGGUAUUUGAUAUUCAAAUACAAUAGAAAUAUAGGGGAAAGUGGUUAACUUUUUAUAAACAAAAAAGGCAUCAACAUUAAAUGUAUGGACAAAGAGGCUAUGAAACGCCAAUUUCACUAAAUGGCUGGAAUUAACCCUUACGAAAGUUAAAUUUAUUGUUACAAAUACAAGUAUUUACCUAGUAUAAACUUAUUCAUUUGAAAACAAUUUUGUUUUAGAAUGGGAUGAUAGUUAAUGGCAAAUUAACUGUGUACCGUCAACAACAGUUCAUGGCAAUGUGAUCAAUAUUUAUGUGCGCAAUACUUUCGUCUAGCAUCACGUCGAGUUUACACACCUCGGUCGCCUCCAUGUAACAUGCCGGUUGGCAAUUGGAGACAUAGCAACUUGUCAAAGCUCAGUGCUGCCAAAGUCAACCCAGCUGUGCAAGUGCAAUAUGAUCAGAUGUCGAGUUAUGAUUAGAACUUUUACAAUUAACACAACUCAUAGUCACUCUUUUGUGAAACUACUUUCCACAAUUUUUAAUGUGUAUGCGUAUAAUUCUCUUAACACCAUACUCACCUUUUACAUCCAAUGGUUCGGCGUGUGUAGUGAUGCAAGUUUAUUUGUUAGUCGUCGUGAUACAGUUUGUCAGAAUAGCAUAUCAUAACUUUCAUAAAGAAUAUUGUUUUCUUACGUUGGGUUUAUAUGCCCACCAUUUGCCCAUGUGUCAAAUUUGGCCCUGUUUGCGAGCGUUUAUUAGGCAACCAAAUACUUUUGAUAAUUUCCUUAGUUUGUGUUAAAAAUACGUAAGAAAUUAUAAUGAAGCUAGUAUAACUAACGCAUAUCUGCAUUUAAUUUAACUGUAAUUCAGUAAUUGGUAAUGUUGCAAUAAUUUAUGUAUGCCUUUCCAAAAAAGUGUUACUGUCAACAAACUUUUAAACUGUACGUGUUUAUGUUUCUUUGAUUCUAAGAACAAGUCAAUCAAGAAUGUGUUUUGAAUUAUUACCUUCCAAAAAUCUGAAAUAGCUGAAAUGGGAAUUUAAACGCAUUUAGGGAUUUAUCAUUUCAGGUGUGUUGCAUAUGUGGC